CCCCAGCCCAAAAAACACGGCCAUAAUGCAGUCCAGAGGGAGCGAGCAAGCGAGAGGGUGAAACAGAGGGGGGCAAUGGCGAGCUUCUCAUUCGGAUCCUCAUCUUCUUUCUCUCAAUAUUCUUCUACUUUGCAAUUCUCAAACCUUUCCUCCCCAUCAACCUCUCCCCCCACUGGUUUCUCAUUCGGAUCUUCUGCUUUCUCUUCUUCCUCUUCUUUAGCCCCUGCGACCGCUUCCUCGUCAUUUUCCCUUCCAAUCAACUUUACCUUCUCAUCUUCUUCUUCUUUCGCUAAUUCAAACCCUAGCUCCGCCUCAACCCCGUCAUUCGGGUUCGGAUCCUCCACCACUGCCUCUUCAUCGACUUUGCUUUCUUCAGCUGGUUGCUCUGCUCCGUCUCCGUUUGGGACCACGUUCGCCCCUGGUACUGGUUCGUCCCUGUUUGGGACCUCAACCAUCACGUCCUCCUUUAGUUCGUCGGCGGCGCCCGCUUCUGGUUCUUCCCUGUUUGGAACGACUGCAUCUGUGCCCUCAUUCGGAACAACCUCUUUUUCCACUGGUAGUUCAGGCUCGACAUUGUUCGAGACGUCUGUCUCAGGCUCUUCCGGGUUCGGAGCUUCCUUAUCCUCAUCAAGUUCUAGUUCCCCUUUCCUUGUUGCAUCUUCUGUCGCACCUCCUAGUUCAAUGUUCUUAGGCGCUUCGGGUCCUGCCGCUAGCUCGGCGUCUUCGUUAUUUGGGGCGUCAUUAUCAGGCUCAGGUACUAGUUCGCCCCUGUUUGGGACAUCUUCUUCCACAACCAGCUCGGGCCCAUCCUUGUUCGGGUCGUCAGUGUCCGCGCCAGGUACUAGUUUCCCUCCGUUUGGAACAUCUUCAUCGGCACCAAGUUCUGGUUCGCCUUCGUUUGGAACAUCAGCUUCUGGGACGUCCCAGUUUGGAGCGUCUACGCCUGCAGUGAGCACCGGCUCAGCCUCGCUUGGCUCAUCUUCUUCAGCAUUGGUUCCUACUACUCCUUCGAUCCUAAGUUUUCCCACAACAAGUUCUACAAAUACAAGUUCUGCUUCCCCUUUCUCGGCCUCGUCUACCGGUUUUUCGUUCUCUACCAGUUCAGCUUUUGGAAAGCCCACUGCAGAUUCUACAUCCACGGCUGUUUCUUCUUCUGCUCCUUCAACUUCUUCGUCUUCGACAAACUCUUCGGGCUUCUCAUUUGGACCACCCGCUUCUUCAGCUUCACAAUCUUCUUUCGGUUUUGGCAAUGCUGCCUCAUCGGCAGCCAUGGCCUCUAACAAACCAUUGGCGGGGGCGAAGCCUUUAUCGUUUACAACAUCUGCUGCACCAUUGUUUUCUACAGUCACAACCACCAGUGCUUCAUCAACUCCGGCUUCAAGUAGUACAACCCAAUCUUCUUUCUCGGUACCAGCCUUUGGUGUAACUGCUAGUGCUUCUACUGCAGCUCCUGUCUCAGCUGUUUCAUCGGCAACCACAGCGCCAUUUACGGGUUUCAGUAUCACUGGCACAACUGCUUCGUCAGGAGCCGCCAGUUCUUCCCCAUUGUCAACCCAAACUUCCACACCUGCUUCCUCGGUACCAGCGCAAUCAACCUCUGGUGUUCCUGCAUUGAGUGUUUCUGGUCCAACAUCUGUCGCUGCCAUAGUUCCCAGUUCUGGUGCUGCUGCAACUCAGACGACAUCUUCUCUUGUUGUGGCUUCUAGCAAUGGGACAACUUCCGCAGUGAGCACUAUAGUAUCUACGGCACCAAAAUUACCAUAUGAGAUCACAGGAAAGACUGUUGAGGAGGAAUCUUUCAUUUCUCCAGCUGAUUUUGACUUUGGAGAUAAUAUCUUCCUUGAUGUUGAUGACCUACUUGGACCAGUCUUGCAUAUUACGGCAGUAGAAACUCCGGUUGUCACUAAAAUGGAAGCAAACGAUUCUGAAAUUGAAAAAGUCCAAAAAGCUUUUGACUCUGUUGUUAGUUUUUUUAAAGGAGGUUUUGAGGCUUUAACUAAAGAUGAAGUGCGAGAAGAAUUAGACGAGUCAUUCGGCAUCAUCAGCAAUACCUCUUUACUGGAUGCUAGCGUCCGUUCUUGUGCCUCUGAGAUUCACGCCUCUUUUCAUCAGGAUGUGGAUUCCUUUUUAUCUGUACAGUGGGAUAUUGAUGAGUUAGAAAAACUUUUCACUUCUUUUUCUAACCUUCAAGCUAAUUUUGCUUUCUUGCAUGCUGACCAUUCUGCAAAAAAGCAAGAAGCUGUUGCUUUAGCUAUUGAAAUCGAGGAGUUGAAGGAAAAACUAUCCAUUGCAGAAGCUAAUCUUAAGGAAAAGGCCAAUCAUGUUAAAGACUUGUCUACUCAUGCCGCUUCUGUCAAAGAGAAACUUAUCAAUACCAAAGAGAAGAUCAAAGCAACUAGAAAUAGGAGAUCUCAAGCUGAAGAAACUAUCCGGCGUUGUAAUGGUUUAUGGGAAGCUUUCAAAAAAAAAGUUUAUGAUGUAUUCAUAAAGCAGUAUUUGGGUUUGAUUUACGCAGAUAUAUUACCAGAGAGGGCGAGCGAGAGAGUGAAACAGAGGGAGACAAUGGCGGGCUUACCAUUAGGAUCCUCAUCGUCUUCCUCUCAAUCUUCUUCCACUUUGCCAUUCUCAAACCUUUCCUCCCCAUCACCGUUCCCAUUUUCGUCUGGCUCAUCGGCUUCCCCGUUCGGAUCCACAUCCUCCUCCUCCUCCUCCACCAACACCACCACAAACUCUCUCCACACCGGUUUCUCAUUCGGAUCUUCUCCUUUCUCUUCUUCCUCUUCUUUAGCCCCUGCGACCGCUUCCUUGUCAUUUUCCCUUCCAUUCAACACUACCUCCUCAUCUUCUUCUUCUUUCUCUAAUUCAAACCCUAGCUCCGCCUCAACCCCGUCAUUCAGGUUCGGAUCCUCCACCACUGCCUCUUCAUCGGCUUUGCCUUCUUCAGCUGGUAGCUCUGCUCCGUCUCCGUUUGGGAACACGUUCGCGCCAGGUACUGGUUCGUCCCGGUUUGGGACCUCAACCAUCACGCCCUCCUUUGGUUCGUCGGCGGCACCGGCUCCUGGUUCUUCCCUGUUUGGAACGGCUUCAUCUGUGACUGUGACCUCAUUCGGAACACCCUCUUUUUCCACUGGUAGUUCAGGCUCGACAUUGUUCGGGACGUCUGUCUCAGGCUCUUCCGGGUUCGUAGCUUCCUUAUCCUCAUCAAGUUCUAGUUCCCCUUUCCUUGGUGCAUCUUCUGCCGCAGCUCCUAGUUCAACGUUCUUAGGCGCUUCGGGUCCUGCCGCUAGCUCGGCGUCUUCGUUAUUUGGGGCGUCAUUAUCAGGCUCAGGUACUAGUUCGCCCCUGUUUGGGACAUCUUCUUCCACAACCAGCUCGGGCCCAUCCUUGUUCGGGUCGUCAGUAUCCGCGCCAGGUACUAGUUUCCCUCCGUUUGGAACAUCUUCAUCGGCACCAAGUUCUGGUUCGCCUUCGUUUGGAACAUCAGCUUCUGGGACGUCCCUGUUUGGAGCGUCUACGCCUGCAGUGAGUACCGGCUCAGCCUCGCUUGGCUCAUCUUCUUCAGCAUUGGGUCCUACUACUCCUUCGCUCCUUAGUUUUCCCACAACAAGUUCUACAAAUUCAAGUUCUGCUUCCCCUUUCUCGGCCUCGUCUACCGGUUUUUCGUUCUCUACUAGUUCAGCUUUUGGAAAGCCCACUGCAGAUUCUAUAUCCACGGCUGUUUCUUCUUCUGCUCCUUCAACUUCUUCGUCUUCGACAAACUCUUCGGGCUUCUCAUUUGGACCACCCGCUUCUUCAGCUUCACAAUCUUCUUUCGGUUUUGGCAAUGCUGCCUCAUCGGCAGCCAUGGCCUCUAACAAACCAUUGGCGGGGGCGAAGCCUUUAUCGUUUUCAACAUCUGCUGCACCAUUGUUUUCUACAGUCACAACCACCAGUGCUUCAUCAACUCCGGCUUCAAGUAGUACAACCCAAUCUUCUUUCUCGGUACCAGCCUUUGGUGUAACUGCUAGUGCUUCUACUGCAGCUCCUGUCUCAGCUGUUUCAUCGGCAACCACAGCGCCAUUUACGGGUUUCAGUCUCACUGGCACAACUGCUUCGUCAGGAGCCGCCAGUUCUUCCCCUACUUUUUCAUUGUCAACCAAAACUUCCACACCUGCUUCCUCGGUACCAGCACAAUCAACCUCUGGUGUUCCUGCAUUGAGUGUUUCUGCCCCAACAUCUGUCGCUGCCACAGUUCCCAGUUCUGGUGCUGCUGCAAUUCAGACAACAUCUUCUCUUGUUGUGGCUUCUAGCAGUGGGACAACUUCCGCAGUCAGCACUACAGUAUCUGCGACACCAAAAUUACCAUCUGAGAUCACAGGAAAGACUGUUGAGGAGAUCAUCAAGGAGUGGAAUUCUGAGUUGCAAGAACGUACGGGGAAAUUCCGAAAGCAGGCUAAUGCUAUUGCUGAGUGGGACAGGAGGAUUUUGCAGAAUCGUGAUGUUCUUCUUAGGCUUGAGAUUGAAGUGGCAAAAGUGGUAGAGACACAAGCUAACUUGGAGCGGCAACUAGAAUUAAUUGAGACACAUCAACAAGAGGUUGAUAAGGCUUUGCAAAGUGUGGAAGAAGAAGCUGAACGUAUUUACAAGGAUGAGCGUGGAUUACUUCUAGAUGAUGAAGCUGCAUCUACAAGAGAUGCAAUGUAUGAGCAAGCUGAGUUUAUUGAGAGAGAAUUAGAGCAGAUGUCAGAACAGAUAAAAUCAAUUAUUCAGACCAUAAAUGCCAACCAGGGUGGAGAUAUUGAUGCAAAUGACGCUGUUGCUCCACUAGAUGUUGUGGUCCGAAUAUUAAACAAUCAACUAAGUUCUUUAAUGUGGAUCGAUGAAAAGGCUGAAGAGUUCUCUUCACGUAUUCAUAAGCUUGCCAGCCAAGGUUCUGCUGCAGAUCGUCAAUCGAUGGGUCCAAAAUUCUGGAUGUCCUGAUUCCCUAAUUUUGAAUUGUGACCUACCCGUGCACUUUUUUUUGCUUCCUAAUUUUCCCUCUAUUUUCUGCUUCUUGAAAUAUGAGAUUCAAUAACCCUUAUAUUUGCGGACUGGUCAAUGUAAACCUUGUAUUUUUGCGGGUUGGUGAAUAUAGAUGUUUAUUGAUUUCCUUAGCC